GCAUCAGGAAUCAGCUGCAGCUCCUCUUGCCAGGCUCCUGGAGGUGCAGGAUGACUCUGUUCGACGGCGUCUACCCCUUCUACCCGCAGCACAGGAAGGCUGCCGUGUUUGACAUCAGCACCAUCAUAGUCACCGUGGUGUUCCUCACGCUGGCUUGCUGCUUCCUGCUCAUCAUCCCGGGCAUCCGCGGCUCUGGGAGGCUGUACUGGACUCUCCGUGUUCUCCUCAGCCUCUUCGUGGGACUGGUGAUUGUCGUUGUGCAGUUCACAGGGGACUGGGAGCGUGGCUGGGUGCAGGCCAACACCUCCUACAAGUCCUUCAGCCCCGCGCAGGUGAGCGCUGACAUCGGGCUGCACAUCGGCCUGGCCGGGCUCAACGUCACGCUCAGGGGAAACCCGGUGCAGCAGAUCAACGAGACCAUCAACUACAACGAGCACUUUUCCUGGAGCUUUGGGGAGGAUUAUGAGCUCAGCUACAGCCAGGGGCUGCACAGGGGGCUGCCCAGCCCCAUCCUGUACGUGGCAGAGAAGUUCAGCGGGCAGAGCCCCUGCGGGGUGCACGGGCAGUACCGCAUCGCCGGGCACUACGCCUCAGCCAUGCUCUGGGUCGCCUUUUGCACGUGGAUCAUCUCCAACAUCCUGCUCUGCAUGCCCGCCCUGGUUUAUGGAGGAUACAUGCUCCUGGCCACAGGGGCCUUCAUGAUCUUCUCCCUGCUCUCCUUCUCCACCGUGAGGAACUCCCCGAUGUGCCCCAUCCAGAUUGGGAGCAGCACCCUGCACGUGGCCUAUGGGGGAUCCUUCUGGCUCAUGUUGGCAGUUGGCCUGCUCUGUUUGGUGGCUGGGACCACCGUCGUGGCAAUGCACCACCUCAACCUGGACCUGCUGAAAACUUUCUUUGAUCUCCGUGAGGACAAAGCAGAGGAGCACCAGGAGCUGCCUGAGGUGUUCAUCAACCCUCACUUUGUGAGCAAGAGCCAGUCUCCCUCUGAGCACACUGAAAUCAACAGUGUCUAGCAGAAAAUCCUCACUCUUCCCCUGAGGAUGGACCCAAAAGGGCAGAACAAAUCCUCCUUGAUGUCCCCAGAGAUGCAUUUCCCCAUCCAGCUGCCUUUGAACCCACUCUGGGAUGGGUCCUUGCUGGCAAGCCCUUCCCAGGCUGUGUCUCCUGUGAUCUGUGCCAGAGCAGCUCGCUGAGACUGGGGCUGCACACCCACCUGAGCACGCUGUCCCUGGAGGAAUCCAUGUCCUUCCUGCUCCAUUCUCCAAGGGUCUGUUCCCACUGACACUGAGAAACACUCAUGGCUCACAUUUCUGCCUGGGAGCACCUGCCACUCCAAAAGCCUGGGGUUAAACCUGCUCAUUUCUUCCCCAAACUUGACGUUUUUUGGUUUAGGUGUAUCCAGGAAAGCCAGGUAUGGAUCCAGCUUCUGCAGGAGCUGGAAUAAAAAGCCUGCUCCAGAAACAAACACUGAGUAAAUGUACCAUGGAGCCUGCUGAGGGGGAUGUGCUGAUUUGAUCCUUUUCACCUUCAAAUCUGGCCCUUAUUAGAUGAAAUUGUAGCCUAGUGUGGGCCAAAAGGAUGCCAUAGGAGAGGAAGGAGAGUGGGGAAUGAAUCCCUGUCCAGCUGGAGCACACUCAGACUGGCUGGGAUGGAGGGGAGGGAAGGAUUCCAUCCUUCUGCCCCACUCAGGUGAGACCCCACCUGCAGAGCUGCCCCAGCACAGGGAGGACACAGAGCUGCUGGGGAGCCCAGAGGAGACCACGGAGAUGCUCUGAGGGUGGAGCCCCUCUGCUCUGGAGCCAGGCUGGGAGAGUUGGGGGUGCUCACCUGGACAGAAGAAGGCUCCAGGGAAACCUCAGAGCCCCCUGCAGGGCCUGAAGGGGCUCCAGGAGAGCUGGAGAGGGACUGGGGACAAGGAAUGGAGGGAGAGGGUGAGGAGGAAUAAC